AUGAACAUCAAAGAUAUUCUGGAGAAAAACUAUUCUUCUGAAAAAAAUAUACAGAAUUUAAAUUUAGAUCAAGAAAAAUCUCAUCCAGCAUCUAUAUUUGGUCGUAAACACAUUGGAAAUGUUGAAAUAUCACCUAAAAUUCUUAAAAGUAUUGAAAAUAUUAUUGAAAAUUCUCAUAAACCAAGCAUUCAUUCAUCUCUCAUGAAAAUGUAUGCAUCCUUAAGAAGUUCUCAAACAAUUAAAAGAAAGUUAUCAGCAAUAGAUACAGAUGCCUAUCUUUUGGGGAUAAUGCCCCAAAUUUAUGCAUCAUUAUAUAAUGUGAUUAAUGAAUUGCGGAUGAGGCUUGGAAAUAAGUGGGUUCCAGAAACUGUUUUAGAUUGUGGUGUUGGUCCUGGUAUUGGUGCUUUAGUUUUUCAAGAAUUGUUUGAAGAUUCUAUAGAGAAAGUAAAGGAUAUAUUAGUUAUAGAGUCAGCAUAUACAGUGAGACAGCGUGCUUUUUAUAUACACAAAGGUAAUAAAUCAAAAAUUCUUUCAAAUAUUCCAUCAACUAUAGAUUCUAAAUUUAACUUUAUUAUUGCAAAUCAUACAAUUUUAGAUAUAAAUACAUCAAAUCAUAUUUUUGCUGCUCAUAUAAAAAAAUUAUGGGAUAAACUUUCUUCAGAAGACGGUAUAUUGCUCCUUUUAGAAAGAGGGAAUCCCAUGGGUUAUAAAGCUAUAGCUAGAGCAAGACAAAUGAUUUUAUCUGGUUUUAAUUUUACUUUAAAAAAAAGUUCAGAAUAUGUAGAAACUGGUCAUAUUAUUUCUCCGUGUUCUCAUGAUAAAAAAUGUCCUCUUUUUACUAAUGGUCAUCUUUCUAAUCGUAAAAAAUGGUGUCAUUUUAGUCAAAAAUUAAUUAGACCUGAAUAUUUACAGAAAAUAAAAAAUUCACCUUAUAAUAUAGAAGAUGCUAACUAUUCUUACUGUAUUAUUCGUAAGGGAGUUUAUAGACCUGUCCUGGACUUAAAAACUAGUUUAAAUGAAGAUGUUUUGUUUUAUGAUUCUUAUAACUGGCCACGGCUUAUCUUUCCUCCAUUAAAAAAACAUGGGCACGUUAUAAUGGAUGUUUGUGCAUCUAAUGGCAGUAUACAAAGAUUAAUAGUUUCAAAAAAUCAAGGAAAAAUAGCUUAUCGAGAUGCUAGAAAGAUACAUUGGGGGGACUUGUGGGCAUUAGGGUCAUUGUUUUUUUCAGAAAAAAAUAAAAAUUUAGAAUAA